GUGUGUGUGUGUGUGUGUGUGUGUGCAGCGUCCAGUCCCGCUGCCCGCCGCCAGAUGCUCCCUGGAAGUUGGGAAGCGCUUCGCCAGCCGGAGUCACGCCUUCCUUUCCCCCCACAACUUUAGCGUCUCCUCAGUUACCAACAUGCCGGAUUACAAACGCCGCGGAGAAGGGAGCAAACCCACCAGCCCGCGGGGGUGGUGAGCGGCGCCGGGGCGUGCCGACAACAGAAAGCUGAAAUGAAAGAUUUAGAUUCUGAUGAACUCGAUGUAGCUGCUCUCCAUGUCUGUGCUAACUGCCAUAUGAGGUAAGAGAAACUUAACAUGCCUCGCAGUCCAACAUCAAGUGAAGAUGAGAUGGCACAAAGCUUUUCAGAUUAUUCUGUCGAAUCUGAAUCAGACAGCUCCAAAGAAGAAACUAUUUAUGAUACUAUCAGGGCUACAUCAGAGAAACUAAGCAGCAGAAUGGAAGACAAUAGGAGCAACACAUUAGUGAUACGAAUUAUAAUACCUGACCUACAGCAAACGAAAUGCAUUAGAUUUAAUCCUGAAGCUUCAGUGUGGGUAGCAAAACAACGAAUUUUAUGCACUUUGAAUCAGAGUUUGAAAGAUGUCCUGAAUUAUGGGCUGUUUCAGCCUGCCAGCAACGGGAGAGAUGGGAAAUUUUUGGAUGAGGAACGACUCCUUAGGGAAUAUCCACAACCAGUGAAUAAAGGUGUUCCUUCCUUAGAGUUUCGGUACAAGAAGAGAGUGUAUAAGCAAUUAAAUCUUGAUGAAAAACAGCUGGCCAAGCUUCAUACAAAGGCUAAUUUGAGAAAAUUUAUGGAUCAUGUUCACCAUCUCUCAGUGGAAAAAAUCACCAAGAUGUUGGAUCGGGGACUAGACCCUAAUUACCAUGACCUAGAGAGUGGAGAAACUCCUCUAACUUUGGCAGCUCAGCAUGAUACUACUCUAGAAGUAAUCAAAGCUCUGAAAAAUGGAGGGGCACAUUUAGAUUUCAGAGCCAAAGAUGGAAUGACAGCUCUGCACAAAGCAGCUAGAGCCAAGAACCAAGUAACCCUCAAGACCCUUUUAGAGCUUGGAGCAUCUCCUAACUACAAGGACAGCUGUGGAUUGACACCACUAUACCACACCACUGUAGUAGGAGGAGACCCUUAUUGUUGUGAACUUUUACUUCAUGAACAUGCUACAGUCAGCUGCAAAGAUGAAAAUGGAUGGCAAGAGAUUCAUCAGGCUUGCCGAUAUGGACAUGUCCAGCAUUUAGAACACUUACUUUUUUAUGGAGCAGAUAUGGGAGCACAGAAUGCCUCAGGAAAUACAGCAUUGCAUAUUUGUGCCCUUUAUAACCAGGACAGCUGUGCAAGAGUUCUGUUGUUUCGAGGAGCCAACAAGGAGUUAAAGAAUUAUAACAGCCAAUCUUCGUUUCAGGUGGCCAUAAUAGCAGGAAAUUUUGAGCUGGCUGAAUAUAUCAAAAAUCACAAGGAAACAGAUAUUGUGCCAUUUAGAGAGGCCCCUACCUAUUCAAACAGGAGGCGAAGGCCCCAAAGCACCUUGGCAGCACCUCGUGUCUUACUUCGUUCCAACAGCGAUAACAAUCUGAACAUCAACAACAUCCCUGACUGGUCAGCUUCAUCAUCUGCUUCUUCACACCGCAGCCUUUCACCUCACCUACUUCAACAGAUGCAGAAUAAUCCUAAUGGAACUGUAAAAACUGUUGGGAGUUAUACCCCAUCCUCUCGGAGUCGGUCGCCAUCAUUAAACAGGGUAGGAGAGGAUGCAAAAAGACAGCAACAUAGGCACAUCAGUGCCGGUUAUAAUCCCAGUGCCAACAAGGAUGCUAUCGCUGCCUUGGAUUAUCAGGGUCCAAAACGCAAACUUUACAGUGCUGUACCUGGAAGACUUUUUAUUGUCGUCAAGCCAUAUCAACCUCAAGGAGAAGGAGAGAUUCAUCUGCACAAAGGGGACAGGGUGAAAGUUUUAAGCAUUGGUGAAGGUGGAUUCUGGGAAGGCAGCACCCGAGGACUUGUUGGAUGGUUUCCCGCAGACUGUGUUGAGGAAGUGCAGUGUAAACCAAACGAAAGCAGACCAGAAACUCGAACGGAUAGAACAAAGAAAUUGUUUAGACACUACACAGUUGGAUCAUAUGACAGCUUUGAUGCUUUAAGUGACUGCAUUAUAGAAGAAAAGGCAGUGGUCCUGCAGAAAAAAGACAAUGAAGGUUUUGGAUUUGUGCUCAGAGGGGCAAAAGCUGAUACACCUAUUGAAGAAUUCACCCCAACUCCAGCCUUUCCUGCUUUGCAGUACCUGGAAUCUGUGGACGAAGGGGGAGUAGCAUGGCAAGCUGGCUUGAGAACUGGAGACUUCCUGAUUGAGGUUAACAGUGAAAAUGUAGUGAAAGUUGGCCACAGGCAGGUGGUGAACAUGAUUCGACAAGGGGGUAAUCACCUAGUUCUUAAGGUUGUCACAGUAACCAGGAAUCUUGAUCCAGAUGAUACAGCUAGAAAGAAAGCCCCACCACCUCCAAAGCGAGCUCCAACCACUGCAUUGACCUUGCGGUCUAAGUCAAUGACCUCAGAGCUUGAAGAGCUUGUGGAUAAAGCUUCAGUACGGAAGAAGAAGGAUAUUCUCCCUUCACAUUUUGAAGGUUUGAAGAAGAGGAUUGUUUUUCGAGUCACACUAAAUAAAGUGGAUGAAAUUGUACCAGUUUCCAAGCCAUCAAGAAUUACAGACAAUGUAACUGUGGACUCAAGAGUGGCAACGAUUAAACCGCGGCCUUCCAGUAGAUGCUUUCCUUCAGCUACAGAUAUGAAUUCCAUGUACGAUAGACAGGGUAUUGCUGUGAUGCCACCUACUGUACCUGGGACUCCUCAAGGUCUUUUUCUAGGUAUACCUCGGGGUACAAUGAGAAGACAAAAAUCUAUAGGCAAGAGUUAUGGGGUUGUAACGGCUAUGGAAAGUUGCCAGAAUUUUGGAAGGCCAGAAUUUUGGAAGUGCAAAGAAAAAGAAUUGAGGAAGAUCUAUUGUGAUAAAUCAGCUAUAGCUAAGAGUCAUUCAGACGUGUGUAUUGACAUGAAAAUACCAUCAUCUGCUAUGCAAGGAAUAACAGAGGAAGAACGUCAAUUUUUGGCUCCUCCUAUGUUGAAAUUUACCAGAAGUCUAUCCAUGCCAGACACUUCUGAAGAUAUCCCCCCUCCACCACAGUCUCUACCCCCUUCACCACCACCACCUUCUCCCUCCCUUUAUAACUCUCCCAAAUCUCCAACAUCAAGAAGCUAUGGAACAAUUAAACCUGCAUUUAAUCAGAAUUCAGGUUCAAAGGUUUCUUCAGGUAGAUCUGAACAUGUGGGAACAAUAAUGAGGGACAAAGGGAUGUAUUACAGAAGAGAAUUGGACCGUUAUUCUCUAGAUUCUGAGGACUUGUAUAGUAGGAAUGUCGCAUUGCAGGCAAACUUCAGAAACAAGAGGGGUCAGAUGCCGGAAAACCCAUAUUCUGAAGUUGGGAAGAUAGCAAGCAAAGCAGUUUACGUGCCAGCCAAACCAGCAAGGCGGAAGGGAAUGCUAGUGAAACAGUCUAAUGUCGAGGAUAGUCCAGAAAAGACCUGUUCUAUUCCAAUUCCAACAAUUAUUGUGAAAGAACCAUCUACCAGCAGUAGUGGGAAAAGCAGCCAAGGAAGCAGUAUGGAGAUUGACCCUCAGUCUUCAGAGCAGCCUGGACAGCUCAGACCUGAUGAUAAUUUAAACGUCAGUAGUCCAUUUGCAGCAGCCAUUGCUGGAGCAGUGAGGGACAGGGAAAAGAGAUUAGAAGCUAGGCGUAAUUCUCCAGCUUUCCUUUCUACAGACUUGGGAGAUGAGGAUGUUGGCCUGAUGCCCCCAAUACCACGUAUGAGGCAAUCUAAAUUUACCGAUGAGGACGUAUUUAGUAAUGAAGAUAGUUUUAGGCAACUUAUGUCACCAUCUCCAAUUCCCGCACCUAGAGAAUCUGAAAAUCUUUUUAAUAGUAGUGAACCUAGCAAUGAAAGUGAUGCAAGGACAUUAAACUCCUCAUCCAUAAAAAAAGUUACUGAAAACAAUAUGGUUGCAACUCAGACCGUUAAUGUGUCCAGUUCGGAUAAUUAUGUUCACCCACUCACAGGAAAGCUAUUAGAUCCAAACUCACCUCUAGCACUCGCGCUCUCUGCGAGAGAUAGAGCCAUGAAAGAACAAACGCAACAAACUCCAGGCAAAGGAGAAACCGGUAAAGCAGACCUUAAUAAACCACUUUAUAUUGAUACAAAGUUGAGAUCUAAUAAUGAAACAACAUUUCCUGUGACUGCUGCUGCUACCAGGCAAAAUACACGUGGCCCACUGAGAAGGCAGGAGACUGAAAACAAAUAUGAAACAGAUAUGGGGAAAGAGAAGAAGCCUGAAGAAAAGAAAAACAUGCUGAUAAAUAUUGUGGAUACUUCACAGCAGAAAUCAGCUGGUUUACUAAUGGUUCAUACUGUGGAUGCAGCAAAGUCUGAUGACACCCUUGAAGAUGAUGAGAAGAGAGUUGAAAUGGAAAUGAACCCAGACAAUUCUCCAUCAGAGAUGCCAGAAGAUAGUGAAGAAGCAGAAAGUGGGUUGAAUGUAUCUGCUACACCUGAGCCACCUGCAUCUCCCUGCAAAACUAUUGUAGCAGCUAGCUCUGUUGAUGACCCUGUCAUUUUGCCAUUUCGCAUCCCUCCACCUCCUUUAGCAUCUAUUGAUAUUGAUGAAGAAUUUAUUUUUACUGAGCCAUUACCUCCUCCCUUAGAAUUUGCUAACAGUUUUGAUAUCCCCGAUGACCGUUCAGCUCCAGGUUCUGCUCUAACGGACUUACUUAAGCAAAGAAAAAAUGGAACACCUACAUCUGUUUCAUUUAACCCCAAUCAAUCAACAAAUUCUUUAGACAGUAAAAAACAAGUGGGUCUUUCAAACUGUUUGCCUGCCUCAUUUCUGCCACCUCCUGAAAGUUUCGAUCAUGUCACCGACUCUGGUAUUGAGGAGGUAGACAGUCGAUCUAGUAGUGACCAUCACUUAGAGACAACCAGCACUAUCUCAACAGUGUCCAGCAUCUCUACCUUAUCCUCUGAAGGUGGUGAGAACUUGGAUACUUGUACAGUCUAUGCAGAUGGGCAAACAUUUCUGGUGGACAAACCCCCAGUACCUCCUAAGCCAAAAAUGAAGCCCAUAAUCAACAAAAGCAAUGCACUUUACAAAGAUGUUCUAAUUGAAGAAACUGUAGAUAGCUUUGUUAUCCCUCCACCUGCUCCACCCCCACCUCCUAUCAUUGCACAGCCCAGUACGGCUAAAGUUUUACAGCAAAGGACCUCCAAGCUAUGGGGUGAUGUAACUGAGGUAAAAAGCCCAAUUCUCUCAGGCCCAAAGGCUAAUGUUAUUAGUGAAUUGAACUCAAUACUACAACAAAUGAACAGAGAGAAAUCCUCAAAGCCAGGGGAAGGGUUGGAGUCGCCUACUGGAACAAAAACUGCAAGUCUCAGUACAAGGAGCACAGAAGUCAUGAGUUCUGUCUCAGGUACACGAAGUACAACCAUCACUUUUACAGUCCGGCCUGGAACCAGCCAGCCCAUCACAUUGCAGAGCAGGUCCCCAGACUAUGACAGUAGGACAUCAGGAGUGAGACACGCUCCAAGCCCUGUGGUUUCACCGACAGAGAUUAACAAAGACAUCAUGCCUGCUCCUCUGACUGCUGCUGCUUCAGCUUCAUCUCCUUCUCCAACUCUGUCUGAUGUAUUUAGCCUACCCAGCCAGCCUCCUUCUGGGGACUUAUUUGGCUUGAACACAGGACGCAGCAGGUCUCCUUCUCCCUCAAUAUUGCAACAGCCGAUCUCAAAUAAGCCUUUUACAACUAAGCCUGUCCACCUGUGGACUAAACCAGAUGUGGCAGAUUGGUUGGAAAGUCUAAACUUAGGUGAACAUAAAGAGACCUUUAUGGACAAUGAAAUAGAUGGCACCCAUUUACCAAACCUUCAGAAGGAAGACUUGAUAGACCUUGGAGUGACUAGAGUUGGGCACAGAAUGAAUAUAGAAAGAGCUUUGAAACAGCUACUGGACAGAUAAAAAUGGCUACUCUUGCCUCUCAAACUUCUGUUAUAAAUAGAGAUGGGCUGGUACUGAAAUACGCAAAAUGUCUUGGCUGUCUGUAAGUGCCAGCAAAAGAAGAAAAGGUUUAAUUUAGCUGCUGGUACCCAGUAAUGCAGACUGUAUGUUUAGUGCCCAAGCUUAAAUCCAAGUAAAUGAAAUUAAUGAGGCUAUUUUAUUUCACAGGUGGGGGUGGGGAGGUGUGGGGUGGAGAUAGAGAAGAAAGAUAAUUGUUAACUUUGAAAUAUUACCUAUCCAUUUAUGAUGCCCUUCAGCUGGAUCCAGAAUGUAUAAGUUUUCUUUUGGUUUAAAACCACAAGCAUUUCAUUUUUGAGCAGAAAUCACCUUAUUUUAUAUACACCUCUCCCCUGCCAUCCAGGGUAGUCCAUUCUUGAAACUCUUGUCAUGGAAUCUCAACAUUUUUUCCCUUUUUGGCUUUUUUAGAUAGAUCCUCACGUGUUUUACCUUUUUUUAACCAGCUUUUAAUUAAUAAAUAGCAGAUGCACUACUUCACCCCCUCUUUCACAAUGUCAUUUUGAUCCAGUGUAGAGCUUUGUUUUGUUGGCAGUGAAGCUGAUAGUACUGUUGGAGACUCUUGUUCAAAGGUAACUGUUCUGCUUUACUUAGGUAUUUCUUUAUUUCUGCGUUUAUAUUUAGCACAAUUCCAAGGUAGCAGAACAGGUUUUAAACAUGCUGUACUGACCUGAUAAGUAGAAUGUGGAAACUAUGUAUAGACUGGAAGAGAAUUCGCUCAGAGAUCCAACGAAAUGAGGCUAGUUUGAACCAGACAUCCCCAUUUUGCAACCAGAUAAACUGCUAAUGAAGCCCAACAUAUACUAUAUGAGCAGAUUAAAAUGUGGUUGUAAAGUGUGUUGGCUAUAAUGUGUCCAUGUGCAUCUUUUAGACUUUUAUAGUCAGAUUUUUCAAACAUGCUGAGCCCCCACAGAUCCUGCUUAAUUCAUUGAGUUGCAAGUACUCAACAACUCUGAAAAACUGGGAUAUAAGACAGGAUAUUGCUUCCAUGGAAGUUAGUGGGAAUGUUGGCACUGACAACUGGGAGCAGGAUUGGGGCCUGUUAGUAGAAAUAAAAAUGUUUCCGCACGUGAUCACCUACAGUUUAAAAAAUAUUUAAAAGGUAAAUGUUAAUGGGGGGAGAUGUGGUGUCCUAGAAUGCAAGUGUUCCAAAGGGCCAGGAAAACAGAGAGGUCCAGAUUUAUGGACUUGCUUUAUCCUUUCCUGGCUAGCCUGGGUUGGGCUAUUGGUGGAGGAAGCAUAGUCAAUGCCUAAGCAGGAGCAGAAAGCUUCCCAUCACUCUCUAGUGACUUCUUUACUGUGUUCCGAAAUUAUUAGUAGCAGGGUCCAGAGAGCGAUCCAUCAAGCCCUGAUCAGCAUUACAGACAAUUGGCCCACAUUGGGGUUGAUUGUUGACUGGUUCUGCGCUCUCUGUGUACUCUGAGCAUACACAGUUUUGGCAGAUUUGACUCUUUUUUUUUUUUAAAGUUAACAAUUUUCUCUCCGUGUCUGACCCCUUUUAUAAUUAACACCUCUAUUAAUUUCUGUAGGAGUUUUGUGGGUCUUGCUUUCUGAACAUUCAACCUGUUCAAGGCAGGCACAUCAUGUAUGGACAGCCAGACUCUCAACCUACCAUACUAUCAGGUUCUCCCACCUUUUGGAAGGUUCCUGAUUUUUUUCCUUGCUAUGAUCCAGCCUAUCUCUAAUUAUAAUUUUUUUAUUUUAUUUUAUUUUAUUUUUUUUGCUCACAAUCAAGUGUCUAAUUAGGUCUGCAACAGCCCUAGAACAAGUACAUAAAGUUUAGCAAUUUAAAUACCUUUCUUUACUGCAAGUUUAAAUAGUUGUACAGAUAGUUUAUAAGCACAAUAUUUUAAGAAAAUAAGUGGCUGGUCUACUGGGCAGCCUUUGUGCCACUUCAGUGCUAGAAUGUUAAAAAAUAAAAAUUAAAAAAAAAUUAAAAAACACUUUUGUGGUUUAAUACUAUUUCUGUGGAAUAAUAAGUCUUGACCUUUUUAAAUCAACCUCAUUUGGAUGCAUCUGAACCAGCAGAGCUGUGUUAUAUUUUCUAUUUUUCCUAGAACUUCUUCAAAGGAGGAUGAAUACUUCUUCAAAAGUGAUUACACAAUUAACAAUGCAUUAGCAAAGCAACUAUUCAACCUCCUGCCCCCUUUAUGGAACAAAUCUUUUGACUUAACAUCUGUUACUACACUCUUUGCAGGUCUAUAUUUGUAUUUGAAAGUUCCAAGUAACCUUGUAAUAAAAAUCAAAUAUUGAGGCAUUUUACUUUCAAGAGUACUGAGUUUUUCCAUAGUUAUAUGGCUAUUGUUGUAGAGAAUGACAUUUUCAUUCAGAUAUUCAAUAAUGGCACCUUAAGGCCAUCAAAUACUUUAAAAAGUGUAAAAAUGGUAAUUCAGCCAUCAUUGUCUUCCAUUUGGUGAUAUUACAGAAUUCAGUAAAUAAACCACUAAUGCCAUGCUCCUUUUUGUUUCUUUGACUACAGUUGGUAUUACCUCUAUAAUAUGUGCCAGAAAAUACAUUAGAUAAUACGGUAGUAAAAGAAAAUGUAGAUGAUGACUUUUAAGCUGCUUUUUAAUCACAACCUUAUUGUUGAAUUUAGGUUUAAUGAGUGCUGACAUACACAAGUAAAUUACAGCUGAUGGUAUCCCUUUCUUAAACAAGUGUUGUUUCUUGCUUAUGUAUCUUUUCAGGCACUUAAAGAAUAGGUACAGUAUAAUUAGUAGAACAGAGAUUAAAAACACUAAAGAGCUAAUGAAAUAGUUUAUUUUUACAUUGUGUCUUAUGAUCUAAAGGGUAACAGGGCCUGAAAGGACCUACUUUUACCAAUAAAAUACACCUCUGCCAAGAUGAAUUGGUCUCUAGCUCUGUUUGAUGACUUUGCUACAGAAAGCAAUAGUAACAGAUAAAACUCCUAGUAUUUUCAUCACUUUUGGAAAUGUUGGGGUGAGGGAAUGGCCCUAUUAUUUCACGCUACUAUGAUAGUGGAGAAGAAAAUGUUAGAGAUCUAUGAAACAUGUAAUGAUAUUCCAGGUUUUAGGAUCAACUUUUGUUUAUAUACUGUAAUUUAAAUAAAUUGCAUUUACAUGCCUAGUUUCUGUAAUAUUUGUGUAUACAAUACCAAAAUCACACAAGAUGUAAAUUGUGUAUAACUGCAGACUCCUUUCCCUGAGUGUCUGGGAACAUUUUAAGUUUAAUUCAUAUAUUAUAAAAUGACUAGAUGUGACUGUUGAUUUACAGAAUUUACAUAUCACAAAAGCUAAUUAUUUGUGGUACUUAAGUUAAUAAAAAUAGUGAUUUUCUGAGUUCUUAAACAAGCAUUACCCAGUUGAUCUGGCAAUGAUUGUGUGUAAGCCACAAAUAUUGAUAAUUUUUCCAUUACAUUUUUUCUUUUCUUUUCUAGAUAUUAAUGUUUCUCAAUAUAGUUUGUGUAACAAUUUGUGUUCACGUUAUCUAUGUUGCUGUAAUUUUUGUGCUUUAAUUCCUCUUAUUUCAAAUUGAUUAAAAAUCAAGCUCCUGUAACUUGCACUUUCCCUGAUCCUUAAUACUCUUGUAUGGCAACCAAAAUUCCUGUAAGAAAUAAAUAUAAUAUUGCACUAAGGUUGUGGUUCUGAUUGCAAACAGUAAAAGCUGUCUGAAUUUUUGUUAAAAAGUUGCCAAAAUUACAAUCUAAUGUAACGUUAUUGAAACAGCAUAAAAUGCUUUAACUGCAUAUAGCUAGAGAGAAAAUAGGUUUAUCAAAUGUUAGAAAAAAAAAAGUUUGCUUUGGUUUCUCUUUCUUAGUUAAAGCUUUUUUAAUGCUGAAACCAAAUAGGUUUUGAAUUUCAGAUUCACAUAUAAGAUUUGAAAAGUAAAGAAUUUUGUUAAGUGAUGGAAUUUUUUUUUUUUUGGCUUGGAAAUGAUUUCAGCUGAUCAUUUUUCUGGACUUGAGGUCGAUCUUUAUUUUGGUGUUAUCAAAUAAGUGUAAUUGAUCAUGCAAGACAUUUGAAUUGUUGGCCUGCUUAGCAAUCUGGUGAAAUUCUAACAGGGUUCUUGUAGGAGAGAGAUGCAUUACAAAGAGCGAAGAAAAAGCAGCAGCAGUCCUUAUCCAGAGUUCAGACCUCUUGUGAUAAAGACACUACCGCCAUACUUCAUUAGUACUUUGGAUAAGUUGGGCUCCACAUUCUUCUUCUAUCUUUAAUUGUUAACUUGAAGAAUUUUUUUUAGAUAUUGAAAUAAAUAUUUUAACUGCAGUCAUUCUGUUUCAUAUCUAAUGUUUACUUUUUUCCUGGGAUGAUGAUCUAUUUCUUCUACUUUUUUUGUAUUUAUUUUCUGUUUUUCCUACAUAGUAUUCUAAUAUCAACAGCUUUCAUUUAUUUCAGGUAUUUUAAUAAUUGAAUUAUACAGAAUAUCUUUAUCUGUAGGUAUACAUGUCAGUACAUGAUAAAAUUAAUAAAAAAUAGUUGUGUAAUACACAACUAUAGCAUGCUGUGGAACUGCUAAUUCUAUGUGGGAAUCUGAGAGCAGAAUAUUUAAUAAUUUCUAUUAUUAUCCAAAUUAUAUUGGUGUUUUUUUCUCUUGUUCCUGUAAUAUGUUUCUGCAUUUCACAGUCUUCACAAUUUUAUGUCCAAGAUCACAACAAAACACUGUCCAGUGCUACUAAUCUGGAACCGUAUGGUUAUAGUAAAUCAAUGAUGCUUCAAAACACACAAAAAGGAAAAAAGUGUGUGCCUUGGAUGUUUUGAAUCUGAUCUGCAUAAAACCAUGUUGUAUUCAAAUGAUGUACUUAGAUGAAAGGAACAUUUUAUCAUCAAUGUAUUGUCGUAGCUGAUAAAAUAGUUAGAGUGCCUUGUUUUCUGAACUGAGACGUCCCUAUCAAUGCACAACUAAAAAGGGUUAAAAAAACCGAAAUGUUAAGAUCUAGAUAUUAUUCUGGGGCCCUCUCUUGAUCAUGAGACUAUGACUUAAUCACAGUCAUUUAAGUUAAACUAAAUAAAA